AUGGCGUCUCGGCCGAUCAUUUUGAGAUUCGAGAGCCGCAACGGUCAGUUUCGGUUGACCGUGAGCCCGCAGGAAUCGUUCCCAUCUCUGGAGCAAAAGAUUGUCGAACACCUUCCCGACGACGUUGAUCCAUCCUCGCUUAUUCUCUCGAACAGACCGAUAGGCACUGGUGGAGAAGAAUGCCUUUUAAAUACUCUGCAAGGAGUCUCGAUUGAGGCAGUUGGUAUAAGGCACGGUGACAAGCUCUUCCUUGGGUAUCAAACCAAAGAGGGACCACAGGAUGGGUCGACCAACGGCCAAGCUGCCACCACCAACGAGUCCUCUCGCCGCUUGAAUGGAGCCCCGGUACCGCAGACCGAGACAGUCGCGAUUCGCCCUCAGCCCGUUUCACCAUCAGUUACGAUUAAGAACCCCUGGGAUGUGGUGCAGCAAACGCCGCUGGAUAACGCACUGGAUAAGAAGGAUGGAAAGAUCAAACGCAACAAAGACUUGAAGAUGUGCAGGCACGGCCCUAAGGGCAUGUGCGAUUACUGCAUGCCCCUCGAGCCCUACGACCCCAAAUAUCUCGGCGAGAAGAAAAUCAAGCACCUGUCGUUCCAUUCGUACCUGCGAAAACUCAAUGCUGCGACCAACAAAUCCGAACUCAAGAGCUCCUUCAUGCCCCCCCUCAACGAACCCUACUAUCGAGUAAAGCGAGAUUGCCCAUCCGGACAUCCGUCGUGGCCGGAGGGAAUUUGCACCAAGUGCCAGCCUAGCGCCAUCAGCUUGCAACCCCAAGAGUUCCGCAUGGUGGACCAUGUGGAGUUUUCAACGCCCGACCUCAUCAACUCGCUGCUAGACUUCUGGCGGAAGUCGGGUGCCCAGCGCCUGGGUUUCCUCUACGGUACUUACGAGGAGUACACCGAGGUGCCUUUGGGAGUGAAGGCGGUGGUUCAAGCAAUCUACGAACCACCACAGGUAGACGAAGUCGAUGGGAUUACGCUUCAUGAAUGGCCCAAUGAGAAAGAGGUGGAUGAGGUUGCUCGUCUGUGCGGUCUGGAGAAGAUCGGAGUGAUAUUUACCGACCUACUCGAUGCCGGACAAGGAGAUGGCUCCGUGAUCUGUAAACGGCAUAUUGACUCUUACUACCUCUCAUCCCAGGAAAUCACCUUCGCGGCCCGAUUGCAGGCGCAGCAUCCGAAAGCAACGAAAUGGAGUCGAACGGGCCGAUUCGGUUCCAAUUUUGUCACCUGCGUCCUCAGCGGCGAUGAGGAGGGAGCUAUCACGGUGAGCGCCUAUCAGGCUUCGGUCGCCGGAGUUGAAAUGGUACGGGCCGAUAUCGUUGAGCCCUCCGCAGAACCGUCCGUCAUGCUGGUGCAAUCAGAGGAAGACGGCACCGAGAACGAGUCACGAUACAUCCCCGAAGUUUUCUACCGCAAAAUCAACGAAUACGGCGUGAGCGCUCAGCAGAACGCAAAGCCCAGCUUCCCCGUCGAAUAUCUUCUGGUCACCCUAACGCAUGGGUUCCCCACCGAGUCUUCACCUCUCUUCACUGACACUAGUUUCCCCCUCGAGAACCGCGAGGUGAUCGGCGAAAGCCAGGAGCUUCGACAUGUGGCUAAGAAGCUAGUUGCCCAUGGAGAUCCCGACAAGGCGAUUCGAGCAGUAUCCGACUUCCACCUUCUCUACUUCCUCCAUUCUCUUUCGACUUUCAGCAAGGACGAAGAAGCCCUCCUGUGCCGCGUCGCAACCACCCGGAACCCCUCCGACGGACUACAGUUGAUCAAUUCUCCGGGGUGGGCAACCCUGGUCACAAUUCUUCAGGAAAGUGGUGAGCGGCCCCCCAAGCGCCCCUGGCUGAGUUCGGCCGAACCUCCUCGCGCAGUGCCCAAACGCGAGAAGCGGUUUCUCCCGUCAAGGCCUGAGUCUCCCAAGUCCGAGAGUGAACAGCUUGCUAAGAGGUUCAAGGGAGCUAGUCUAGAGUGA